UCCGCGCCCGCACCAAUACCAGGACCUCAGCACGCGGGUUUUGAGGGCGGUGACUCCGAUAGUAAAUGCGCCAAUUUUCUGCAGGGUCAUCUCCUGUCGUGUGAGUUGACCUGCAAAAUUCUGUGAACUACGAUGUCUCUAGAAGUGUUAAAAGGUUGGUGGUUGCAUUUGACCAAUUCGUGGCACCGGACCACAGCCGCAACCGAUUGGAGUCAGGAUGUGCUUAAGCCGGAUCACAUGACCAUUGUUGUCUCCGCGCUUACGGCAAGCGCCGUUUUGGUUAUCGUUAUCUGCAAGUUCCUUUGGCCAGUUCUUCCCGUGCGGGUACGAUGCUGGUUCUGUGGUGGCCUAAACCGGCUUCCUCUGGCCAACCGAAACCAUUUUGAUUGUUUGCAUUGCGAACAGUACAAUGGUUUUUCUGCUCUCGGUGACUACAAUAAGGAUAUUCCUGCGCAGAGGGAUCCCAGGAUGAAUGUUUUUUCAGUAGGGGCCACCCCGUCUGGAAAAACCCUUAAGAUGUAUCAUAAUGGGCUUUGUGAGUUGUGCAACCAUCGGCAGGCCAUUAAAGUGAAAUGCCGUAAUCAAUUCGAGCCUAAAGAUUCAGUCAAUGAGGAGACAGAAUUCAAAGAAUACUGUCGCCGUUUGGAGACCAUCCAUCCGCUCUGUACGGCUUGUAAAAACCAUGUUCGAACCAGGCUUGCUUAUCAGGACGCAAAGCUGUUGCCCCAUGUAAUGUCGCUCGAAGCAUCUCGUUGGUAUAGGCGUCUUGAGCGGUUCAUUAACUCGGAGUUGACAGAGUUAAUCGUGUGCGCUAUAUCAGCAAUUUCAUUUGCGCCUUUAUUUGACGAAGGCUGGACUAGGCUCGUACCCUUUUCGGCUGCCCUAGUACUGAUAUUGUCCGGGGUUGUCCACAACAGAGCUCUGUUGUGGACGAUAAUUUUAAGGAGCGUUUCGGUUGCCGUUCAGUUAACGAUGAAUGGUUCAACACUGUUGCCCGUGGUAACCAGCAAGAUUGUGCAUCCAUUAUCGCUUACCGUCCUGAAUGCCUUUUCGAUAGUUUGUGGGCUUGUCGCUUUUGUGAAGCCUAUUGAAUCUUUUAUUGCAAGACUUUGUGGGCGUAAAAGGCCUCUUUUAAAAGCGACCUUUACUGCUUUACCCGACCUGUCAAAGGCUUUAGCUCCGCUUUUGUCCCCUGCAUAUCGCACCUUUCUGCGCACCCGCGACUGGACCUCCUGGGCACCCUUUGAUUUAGGAUCACGCAUUAGUUCUCUCAGUCUGGGGUCCGCCAGACGAUCAUCGCCAGGAUUUGGCAUGUCUGCUUCCACAUUUGGUCCUAUCAAGCCAGCGUCAACACCGAGAGCAUAUUCAGACCUCAUUAGUGGACUAUUUGGUGGAAGACGGAGCAGCGGUGCUCGUAGUAAUAGAUUAGAGUCACUUUGUAAUAUAUCACCUUUCGAAAAUGCGUCGGGCCCCCCUAGGAAUGCCAGUGUAUUGCGGCCCAGCAGACUUAGCGAUCUCUUCGAUAGACGACAGAACAAUGAGAGAAAACGGCAAAAGUGCUCCAUAAAACAGUCACAAUUCUUUGAGGAAAACUAUAAUAAUCUAACACCGCCGCCAAGCCAAGACAGCUCAUUGACGUCUAGUGAGGAAUCCGUGUAUCCUUCAGCGUCCCGGCAAGCAAACUCAUUCUACAAUACACCGACGCAGUAUCAACGUAGUUGGCCCCAUACUGAAAUUCGCAGCGGACUAAACGGAUUAGUCAGCGGGAAAUCUGAAUACAAGGAUUGGGAUGCCCGUACCACACACACCGUAUACAGCACAGUGAUACACGAGCACAACGGUUCGUCUGCGAAAGCUCUUUGGGCUAUUGCUUUUCUUUUGGCAACUGCGCUUCUGAAGCUUUGUUGGGCUGAUUUAACUAGUUUAGGGAACGCCGUGUUUAUGUAUAGUGCCACCUUAGCAAAAUAUUUUUCUCUCAAUGGUGACGUGGUAUGCCCUGCACAGUAAACUCUACUCAAAAGAGAAACUUGUAAAGGAUGCCUUUUGAAAUGACUGAAUAAACAAACCCUUUAGAAGAUUUAUUACGUUUAGUUAACAAGCAGCGAGGGUUUCUUUGUGCACUAAUAAUACUAAUAGUUAGAGUGUAACACAUUUGUACAUUAAAACAUUAUUAUUAAGAUAUAAAUCGCUUUAUCAUUGAGAGAUCUGUGCGGCGGGAUACCCUAAAAGUAUAGUGUACCUCUUCUUUGUACAGAAAUAGUAUACAAAUUUUCAUAAAUUUGUCUAACUGUAGAUGCGUUCAGUUUUUCCAGUUCCUGGAGAAAAUUACCUUCGGGAAAUUGGUUCAACCAAAGAACGCCAUUGUCUUGGCUUUCCCAAACUAUAUCCAUCAUGUUGUUGUUUUUAUUUGCCGGUGUCAUUCAGAUAGUGCGCCUAGAAAAUGUUAGCCAUGUUCAUUAAAAUAAAUUGCUCGGAAGCAGGACAAAUUCGAUGGAAAGUAGCGGGGUUACUCAGUGUAACGCAUAUGCGAGUUCACAUUCGGGUAGGCGAUAGAUCCCAAACAAGAAUUUCGAGAUAUUGUGAGCUUUCCUACAGCUCAUUUUCAACUGUUGCCUUUAUCGGUAGUUAAGUUGUUGUAUGCUAAAAAAGAAGACUCAGUUGUUGAAAUGGGGAAACUAAGCCACUAAUAAUAUAUUAUCUUGGUUAUUUACAAUAAUCAGUAGGCACAAUGUGUAUAAUCCUAUCUGUUCCUCAAGCCAAGUGGCGUGGCAGAAUUGUUGAGGUAUUGCUUAGGCUCAGUUCACGUGCACUGUUUGUCACUGCCUAAGAUGUUUGAAUUUAAAUAGAUUUCAAUGUACUCCUAUUUGUAGUUUUCUGCAAAACCAAUUUGCAAGUAUUCGUUGUAUAUAAAUAUACUAUAAGUAAUGCAAGGCAAUAUUGAGUGCCACUGUAAGAUACGAGACAAAGGAUAAAGUGAGAUUAAGAGGAGAGGUGCACAUACAUUCUACAUAUCAAUAAUUGCUCGUUAACUUUUGGAGCAUUACAUAUAACGAAAUAUUUACUACCUGUGAAGGAAUUCUAGGUGCGCAUUUAGAUGCAUUCUGAAUGAUUUAGCUACUAACAGGAACAGAAUACGCCAUCGUUGUAAGAUGAACUUGUCAUACCGGAAAGUUGUAUAUACAUUAAAUAAAAUAUUAGUACGAACUAAUCGUAAUAAUUGAUAACAAGAAUCACGAUGGAUAUAAAGCACAAUCUCUUACUUUCUGUUAACGGAAAUAGCCGCUAAUUAAGCAACGAGAGUAAGUCUUGAUUCUUCGUCCACUUUGCAUAGAGAUGACAAAAAUGGUGAUGGUUUUCCGCAAGACAUCUCUACCAAGUGAUUGUUCAUGAGAAUAAUAUGAAUGAUAGAGUGUAUGGGAACGCGAUUAAAGUAAACCAAAUAUUAAUGACGUGUACAGUAAACGUAUUAUGCAAAUAAACGAACUUAUU